UGUCAUGCUUUGCCCCACAUCACAUCACCUCCGCUGCUAGCAGGCCUCGGAGGCUCGGAGACUAUCAAUCAUCACCACGGCGGUGUUUUGGCCAUCGCGACACGGAUCACGGCUAGGUGAGCCCGCAUUCUGCUGAGAAAGCACGGGCACGAUCAGCUGUGUUCGCCGGCUUAGAAUGGAACGAAUGCGACGUGAAGUAUCUGUACGAGCCGAGGAUAGAGCCCCAAAUAAUUCAGCCUGAACCAUCUCUGCAUCAGUGCCAUGCAGCUAAGUGCUAACAUUGAGAGUCUGAGUGCUAGAGCUGUGUGAAAAGUGUGAGCGUGACCGCGACCCAACCGCUGUCUGCUUUUCAUCCAUUUGUACUUGCACUCUCAAGUCUCGACCACGCGUUGUAGCUGGCAAGUGUUACACCGAUUUCUCUUCAUCAAUCAGGGCAAUCACUGAAUCAGUGACUCACUGAAUCUGUUUUCAUUGGCCAGCACAAUGAUUUUCUGCAAGUGACGAUUGUGUUUGGCUGGCCCUACCCCAGGCCCUGGGCACAGAAGGAUCUUGAACUUUUGGAAGAUCUUCAUGGGAUCCCGGGAUUGAAAGAAAAAAAGUGAUCAGUGGCUAGGCUUGUGGUGUGACAGCUAUCGAAAAUGCGUAAUGCCUAAUGCCGAGUAAUGGUGAGAUUUCACUUUGGCUGUGUUGAGUGAAAUUAUUUUCUCGUGCUACCGACCGUGCUUGAGGCCGGCACCUCUGAAGGACAGGAAGUCAUUAUGUUAUUCAGGCACCGAUGAGAGGUGAAACAGGCACAGGACAAGGCAGCUGAGCUUCUCUAGCUCUGGCGACUGGCUUGGUUUUCUGUUCGCGAGGGAGAAGAGAGAAAGGCAACAUUAGUCUAUUUUUAUGAGUUGUGUGCCUUGCUGUUCAAGCUGGCAUGGCCGAGCGAGAUGUUGAGUACUACAGGAGUCUACACAAUCUCACUGAGUUGGCUGUGUUAGACGAGCACUCCUUGCAGAGUGCGCUGCGAUACCGCUACGAUGCCUCACUCGUUUAUACCAAUGUCGGCGACAUUCUCAUUGCUCUCAAUCCCUUUCGACCGCUAACGAUCUAUGGACCCAACUCACAGCUGGCGUACAAACACCAUCCCGAUGGGGAAGAGAGGCGGAAAGAAGUGCCGCACAUUUAUGCAGUGGCGCGGCGAGUUUACAGCGACAUGGUGGCUUUGGGCCGCGAUCAAGUGUGCGUGAUCAGCGGUGAAAGCGGGGCGGGAAAAACGGAAUCCUCAAAAUUCCUCAUUCGCCAGAUCAUGGAGUUGAGCCGGUCAGCAACCUAUGGAUCGACAAGUCUGGAGUCCAAGAUUGUGCAAGUGAAUCCACUGCUGGAAGCAUUUGGCAAUGCCCGGACCACGAUGAACAACAACAGCAGCAGGUUUGGCAAGUACCUUAGCCUUCUCUUUGACAAACAGCGUGGCUAUGUGGUGGGUGCGACCGUCAACCAGUAUCUCUUGGAAAAAUCUCGUGUGGCCAGGCAAGGAGCCGGGGAGCGCAACUUCCACGUCUUCUACUACAUGUUUGCCGGACUGCCUGAAGAUCUUCUGGGGAAAGUGCAUCUAAAGAGACCCUCACAGCACCGAUAUCUUGCCAAGGAUGCGGAAUGUGACGCGUAUUGCAGAUCUGAAGAGUGCCUUGAAGGAUUUCGUUGUAUGAGGGACUGUAUGGAUGCAGUGGAAAUGUCUAUGGAGCAUGCUAUGGAAGUGUUCCAGUUGCUUGCUGGCAUUCUCCUCAUUGGUGAUCUGGAAUUUGGCACCAGCGAGACGGCGUUUGUGAGCCCGAGCAACGUGAAGGUGGUGGAUGCUGCCAAAGCUCUGGGUCUGGAUGCUCCUUCUUUGUGCAGAGCUCUCACUGUCUCCACCAACAUCACACGAGGUGAAAUCAUCACUAUCAGCUACAGCCCGGAGAAAGCUGCUGACUGUCGUGAUGCAACAUCCAAGGCCAUUUAUGGCCGUCUGUUCAACUUCAUUGUGUCAUUCAUCAAUGGUGUUCUGGCAUCAGAACAUCCUGACUCUGCAAAGUGCAAUAGAAUAGGCAUUUUGGACAUAUUCGGCUUUGAAAACUUCCAGCAGAACAGUUUCGAGCAGUUUUGCAUCAAUCUUGCCAAUGAGGAGUUACAAAACCUCUUCAACGAGACCGUCUUCCAGAUGGAGAAGGAUGAAUUGAAGAAGGAGGGUGUGAAGUCAUCUAGCAUUGACUACCAGGAUAAUUCUGCAAUACUUAGCCUAUUCCUGCAGAAGCCCAGCGGAAUGCUAUCACUGCUGGACGAACAGUCCAUGUUUCCACGGGCUGAUGAUCAGACAUUCCUGUCCAAGCUCAAUGAGACGUUUGCAAAGAACCAGGUUUACGGUGCGGCAAAGGGCCGGUCUGAAGCGUUCCUUGUCAAGCACUAUGCUGGAAAGGUGACAUACCAAGUUGCUGGAUUUCUGGAGAAGAAUCGAGACACAUUGCCAGAGAAUGUCCUGGAGAUACUCAAGACAUCCCAGUUCAGUUUGCUGAAGACGCUUUUCUUGGAUGAAGCCCUAGGGAGAGCAUCAACCCUUGUCAGAAAGAGGGAGGUGUCUUUGCAUUUGAACAGAAAACACUCGACUCGCGUGCAAGGAGGUGGUCACAACCGGCGCACCAGCAAGGCUUAUGUGCACAAUGCGCAGAUCUCCACUGCACCCGCUGCUGCUGGACCAGGCGGUGGACGUGCCAAGAACGGGAAGGUGACCGUUGGCGGUCAGUUCCGUCAGUCUCUCCAGCGUUUGAUGGGAAAGCUGCGUAAUGCAUCGCCACAUUUCAUUCGCUGUAUCAAGCCGAACCGCCACAAAAUGCCACAUGACUUUGACCAGACGUAUGUCCUUGAUCAGUUGAGGUACACUGGAGUUUUGGAAACGGUUCGAAUCCGACGUGAAGGCUACGCGUAUCGGCCGUCCUUCGGUGAAUUUCUCUCAGUGUACAGCCAGAUUGGUCAUCCCUUCAACGUCAAGGUAAAACCUGUGGCAGCCAACUGUGCUAUUGUCCUGGACCGAGCAGCAGUCACCGGCUGGCAGAUUGGCAAGAACAAGGUCUUCCUCAAAUACUACCACGUGGAUCAGCUGCGAGAAACACUGCAACAGCAGCAUCGGCAUGCCGCAGCUGUUCAACGUUUUGUGCGUGGAUACCUAGCCAGGAGAGAGUACAGGAAGUUGAAGGCUGUUGGUGAUCGGGAGGCAAGAGUUGUCAGCGACUUCUGCCGUCAUGUAUCCCUCUCUAACAGAAACACGAGUGCCACUUUGAUGGCACUGAAUGAGCAGGACAACAACAGACAAAGAGAACACCUCAGAAAGAUUGAGGCAGCUGCAGAAUUGAAGGCAAAGCAAGAUGCAAAGCAGAAAGCAAAGAAGGACAAAGCGAAGAAAAAGAGCAAACCGGAUCGACCACCUCAGCCGGACUGGACAAAGUCUCCGGAAACCUCUCCAGCCAAACCAGCAACUCCGACAUCUUCUGCUUCUACCCCGAUGUCUGCAGCAGCUGCAGCCAGACCGUCAGUGAUAUACAGCACUCCGGAGUCCAGUGGUAGAUCAUCGAGUAACGAGGACAGCGAGGAAGAUAUCUAUGGAAUAAGACCAAGUCGAGCUCCCCUUGGUGCUGUGCCUGUUCUACCGAUGAUAACAACACGCAAAGUGACACCCAAGUCCCAAACCUCCAGUCCACUCGCCAAUGGGAGAGAUUCGCCCUACGUUAUGCCAACUUCAAAUGGUAUGAAAUACGUCAACCCUUCGAAGCUAGGACAAACUGGUGAUAUGUACCGACGGCCAACCGUAGCCCCAAGAGAUCCACUGAAACGCUCGCCAUCAAAACUGAGCAAGAUGAAAGGUGCCAAGAAGCAAUCACAGGCGGCCAUGUCCAAUACGUUUCGAUCCCCGACGGGUUUCUUGCUUCGGAAUAUCAAGAUCAGACAGAAGAUGGCCGAGAAUCAUCCAGCCAUGCAGCGGUUCCGUGAGCAGCAGAAGCCUGAUCCGACUCUCUUGGAACUAGCCAUGUCUGCUCCUACUAGCUCUAGUCAAUCCUUAUAUCACGAGGAUAGGUUUGGAGCUAGCAGUAGCGGAGACGAGCUAGAUGAGAUCUGCACGCCAAGGAUUGGCUCACCAUCGUCAUCUAGCACGGAGUCUACAUAUCAACGCCCAUACAGUGACGGUGCAUUGGGUGAUCGGGUGGCACUGCACAUCUCUGCUGAGUGGUUCUGUGGAUUGAUCUCUCGGGCUAAAGCCGAGGAAAUGCUGAAGCCGCAUACCAGUGGAACGUUUCUCGUGCGGACAAGCGAAUCAAGGUUUGGCUACUCAUGCUCAGUGACGUGGCAUGAGCGGAUCAGACAUUUCAUCAUUGAGACUCUGCCCGGAGCCAAAGUACGGUUACUUGGAACGCAACAUGUUCACAACGAUCUGCAAGAUUUCGUCAACUACUACCGCGAUGAGGACCUGAAGGAUGGAGCUAGAUUACUCACACCACACAGCUACAAGACCAAGCCUGUAUCUGAGUUAGAGAAUGCUCGCCGUAACUUGGCCGGCGUGGCUGGGUAUCAGGGCACAGCCGGCUGGGGUAAACGCAGGGGUGAAGGGCGGACAGGAACACUGAAGAGAAAGGCAUCACUGACUGUCAUGAAGGGACAAAAGCCGGUGGAGCCAAAGAAGAAAAAGACAGGCUGGAACUGGCGGAAGCGCUGACAAUACAUUCUACACAUUAUUUUAAGUUGCAGUCAGGAAACAUUCAUUGAUUCAGUUUGUCAUUGUUUUUGCUUGGCUAGCCUUCAAUUCAGUCACGAUAUUCCGCUGAUGAUAGUGACAUGAAAAUCGAUUAUGGAAAACAUUUGACUUCGUUGAUGCAUGAUGAUGAUGACGGCAGAGUUAGUUCUUUUUAUUGCUUCAUUAAAAUUGAUUCACUUUGUGUUCACCGUCCGGUUUUAUUUAUUCCAUUGUGCAUUCUUGAUAUCAUUCACUUGAUCACUACUUGGUAACUUGGUAUAGCUUGGUAUUGAGCGAAUAUAUAGGUGUUUUUAAAUUAACCAUUUUUUAGAAUUACUGUGCGAAAAACCCCAAGGAACCUUAUUUUUCCGCAACAAGUUUCCUUUUGCAACUGGAAUUUAUCCAUAAUUAUCAUUCCUAGCGCACAGGUUUAUGUCUGAAUUUCUUGUUCUUAUUUAAAAUAGCCAGUCCUCGAAACCGUGUGUGCCAAUAUAAUUUUUUUUGUUCCACAGUAAGGGUGUAGAUCUACACAAUUCAAACUACACUAUAGUAAUUGUAGUCAGUUGUGGGGUGAUGAUGCCCUCAUUAUCUAUGGAUUAAUGUCGAUUUUUGUUCAAUGGGCAGAACUCUCGCAUAUACCACAGUACAUGUACAGGAUCCAACUUCACAAUGGGUGUGGGAUAAUGCCAUGCCUAUUUGACUUUGAGAUUGACUCUAAUAUUAAAUUAGGGAAUUUUCCAUAAAAUUUCCAAUCAAG